AUGAAUGACAGUGAGGGGCUACUGGGCGAAACGAAGACGGACAACGCAUUUCGUCGGUUUGUUGGUCCACUACAAAGACAUGUCUAUAUUAUCCUUACUUUACCAAUCUUUUUCACAGCCUUUACAUUUUUCGUGGAUGUCUUUACGUUACACAUUACGCCUUGUAGUGAUAAUAUAGCGAGCAAGUCUCUGAACCAAACAGUGGACACUAAUAUUUUCAACAUCUCAACAAGUUGGACGGGCACUCACAGCGACCUCACACGUAGUCUCACGUGUCACGAGGCGAAUCGUUUUGCACAUGGGCAAGCGACGUAUACGACCGGCUUACUUCUCGGCUCUUUAAUCGGUGGCGCUGUUUCUGACAAGUAUGGAAAGAAAUUACUUCUAAUCUGCUGCUCAGCGGUCCUCGCAGUUGCUACUCUUGUAGUGGCAUUUCUGCCGUAUGUGCCCGUUUACUUGACUGCCCGCGGCAUCAGUGGAGUAGCCUGCUGUGCCAUUCACAUCUGCACCUACAGUUUAGGUAGGAGUUGGAGCCUGCCCAAGUAUCGUAUCUGGCCACCCACCCUGUUUUCCUUCAUCUUCAGUCUGGGAAUGAUGGGAUUGGCAGCUGUAGCUGUCUUGGCCAGUGGUUGGAUGCAGUUUCAUCUGGCACUGGGCAUCCCUCAGAUCCUUUUCCUACCUCUUUAUUUCUUUCUUCCAGAAUCUCCUAGAUGGCUGCUUCUAAAUAAGAGGAUGAAAACGCUUGAGGGCUAUCAGAAUAGAAGUCCUGAGAACAAGCACUACUUGGGUCUUCUUUUGGAUUCUGUGGACAAUGAGAUGCAGAAGCCACUCUCAGAGAAGACCUCCACUAAAACAGAGUCUAAUUUCGCCAACUUUACGUCACCUAAUAUACUCCUGCAUCUGUUUGUCAUGAGUUACAUUGGUUUUGCGUCUGCUCUCACUUAUUAUGGGAUCUGCUUCAGUGUGGGAAGUUUCGGUGUAAAUAUCUAUCUGGCGCAGUUUUUCUCUGGACUAUCAGAGGCUCCCUCUUUGCUGCUUCCAUUUCUAUUGAAGCGAUGGGGCCGUAGGCCGUUCAGCAUGGGCUCGCUGUUCCUCAGUGGCAUUUCCUGUAUGCUGUCCCUCCUCGUUUCCAAGUUCUGCGACUUGCCUGCCCUUGUUAUGACUCUGGCACUGAUGGGCAAGCUGUGUAUGCAGUCCACCUACUGUGUCUCUGUGCUCUAUGGGAUUGAGCUGUUCCCAACUGUAAUAAGGCAGAAGUGUGUCGGCCUGGUUAGUCUUUGUUACCGAGUGGCCUGUAUUAUAAAUGUGGUGGUGACCCCUGACAGCGGGAUCCGUCUGCCAGCUAUGAUCUGUUACAGCAGUGGGCCGAUCAUUGGUGCAGCCCUGUGCCUGCUUCUUCCAGAGACCAGUGGCAUCCCUUUACCAGACACAGUACAAGACUGUGAGAAACAGCUCAGAAUUAAGCUCUCAUGCUGUGCAUGUUGGCCUGUGAAGCCUAAACAGGAGUCGGAGGCUUCUUUUACCAAGGAGAAUGACAUGAAGAACCAAAUGGAAUGCAGUCCCCUCUCAGCAUAA